AUGAACCUUACGGAUAAUUUCAAUGAUGGACUACCGCUGUCUGCGUCUCCGUCAAAAUCAUACCUUAUCAUUCAGGCUAUAUUUCUGUCCUUUGUAAUGGUGAUGACGGUACUAGGAAACAUCGCAGUGUGUUAUGUUCUACACCGCACGCGAAGCGUGGGCACAGUCACGGGACUGAGUAUAACAUCUUUGGCUGUAGCCGAUUUACUCAGAGGUCUUUUGGUGCUACCUUUUGUACUGAUAACGUCGUGUCUGAAUGGUCAAUGGGUGUUCGGCACAAUAUGGUGCUCCAUCAGUGGAUUCUGUUAUACUUUUUUCAGCAGUGCCAGUGUCAUGACGCUAGGUGCCGUUUCAAUUGACAGAUACAUUGCCAUAGUGAUGCCUUUGAAAUAUACAACUAUCGUAACUAACAUGAGAGCAUGCAUACUGUUGACCGGUGUGUGGGUGACCAGUUUUAUCAACGCUUCGUGUCCGUUAAUGGGAUGGUCUAGGUAUAUAUUUCUACCGCCUAAUUGCAUAUGCGUGCCCGACUGGAAACUGGAUAGAUCGUACGCGUACUUUUACAUUUCGACCUCAUUCAUGCUGCCGUUUUCAAUACUGAUAUUUUGUUACUAUAGGAUUUUUCAAGUUGCUAGGCAACAGUCCAAACGAGUCACGUCCCUGGAAGUUUCGAGUGAAGUUCCAACGCCAGGGCCGUCGCGCCAAGUGGAUAACAGAAAUAAGGCUAAACCCAAGCAACUGAAUAUGAGAAAGGAAAAAAAGGCGGCCGUAACAUUAUUUUUUGUGAUGGGUGUGUUUAUCAUAUGUGUAACGCCUUACUGCAUUAUUUACUUGUGGAUUUCGUACAAUCCGAACAACAAUUUAAAAUUGGCAUUUGGGAUAGCCUCGAUGAUAUCAUUUGCCAACUCAGCGGCGAACCCCCUUAUAUACGGCAUUUUAAAUCGAAAAUUCAGACACUGUUUUCUGGAUAUUUUCCGGUGCGAUUUCUGCCCUCGAUCCUCGCUGUCGACAAACGCUACCGACCUUCAUUCUGGCGUGGGUGUCACUGCGAGUCACGUGACAAGGAGGCAACGCCUGGUACCUCGUGACAGUGGUUACGUAACGACCAGUACAUUUACCCAGACAACGAGUCAGUUGCAGAAUCACAGUAGGCGCUCGUCAGGCAUCUUCUCCAUAUCUGUUGCUGCGACAAGUAGUGUGUUAUCUUCGUUGGGAGGUAAUAUGAAAGAGAUACCUAAACUUGCUUCAGGACAACUACCGCCAAUUGAGGAUGUGGUGUAG